AUGGCUAUCCUACCACCUCCAACGUCUCCCCAGUUGGGGUGGAUUGGCAAGCCUCACCAGCAGUUGAAAGACGGUCUCGGGAAUAUGGGCAUUUCCAUGGCGUCAAACCUUCAGAAGUAUCUCCAUGACCAGGGCCAACCGCCAUUGCGAGUCUGGAAUCGCACUGCCUCUAAAGGGGACGCCCUCACGAGUCUCGGUGGAAUUCAGUGUGAAACAAUUGCCGCCGUUGUCAGAGACUGUGAGAUUAUCUUCAUCUCGACCAGCAAUGAUGAUGCACUACAAAUUAUCGUAACGGAAAUCUUAUUGGCGGCAAAUCUGGCCAAGAAAGUGUUUGUAGAUACCACAAGUGUCCAUCCAGAUACAAGCAAGGAUAUUGCUGGAAAGCUGGCAAAAGAAAAUGCCUCUCUGAUCUCCGGUCCCGUCUUCGGCUCUGCUCCGAUGGCUGCAGAGCGAAAUGUUCUGAUGGUUGCUGCUGGGGAUCCCUCCUCCAUACAGCGAGUAUCCCCUUACAUAAAAGGCGUGAUAGCGCGUGAUAUACUUCAAGUGGCAGAUCGCCCAGAAAAAGCAUCCCUGCUGAAAGUUAUCGGGAACUUCCUUGUCUCAGGCAUGACGGAGAUAGUCGGUGAAGCUCUUGUCUUCGCCGAGAAAGGCGGAUUGGGUUGUGACAUAGUUGAGAAGCUGUUGGAAGCCCAAUUCGGACCUCUGCCGACAAUGAUUUCCAAGCGAUUGACUCAGGGAGUUUACAUGCCACCAAAAAGCACAGCCCCAUGGUCCAACUUGGACCUGGCUCUGAAGGAUAUUGGCCACGCCAUUGACUGCGCUGAAGCAGCGGGAGCCAGAUUGCGAGUAGGCGAAGUCAUACAAGACCAUCUUCAGCGGGCCAAGGCUUUCUCUCAGGAUCAGCAACGGCAACUGGACUCGGCGGCUUCCUAUGGUAUCAUCAGAUGUGAUGCAGGAUUAGAGUUUGCAAAUGAGCUCGUGAAAAAGAGGGAUGCGUAG